GCUACAUCAUUCAGCCUUCUCUCCCUCUCUCUCGAAGCUCUCUGCCAACUACAAUGACGAGUCUCCCUCUCCUCCUCUCCCUCUCGCUCCUUUCUCUCUUCCCCUCACCGGCCAUCUGCCUCACUUGCACGUCCCAAAAAUUCCCCCACAAGGUCUACGCCAACUGCAUCGACCUCCCACGACUUGGCGCCUACCUCCACUACACCUACAAUGCCUCCAACUCCUCCCUUGCCAUCGCCUACCUUGCUGCUCCGGCCCCGUUCGGCGCAUGGGUCUCCUGGGCCAUCAAUCCUGUUGGCACCGGCAUGAUUGGCGCUCAAGCCCUAGUGGCGCUCAAGCUCAAUAACGGCUCCCUCGCCGCCAAGACCUACAAUUGCAGUAGCUACAUAGCCAUCACAGAGUCCAAGCUAUCAUUCGAGGUGUGGGACCUAAGUGCCGACCAGGUGAACGGAACGAUGAGGAUCUUCGCAUCGGUCAAAGUGCCGAAGAAUGCGACGAGCGUUAACCAAGUCUGGAAUGUAGGUGGUUCGGUCAUCGGGAACCAACCGCAAGUUCAUCCAUUGGCCCCAGCCAACAGGGAGUCGAAGGGAAAGCUCAUGCUGGUCUCGUCACAGAAUGAUGGCGGCAUGGGCGCCGCACCCGCCCCUGCUCCUGCACCUAGGAGCGGCGGAUGACUGAUGAAUAGAAAUGAUGCGGGUUUCCUCAUGAGUCUAAUUUUGUUUAUUGGUGUUGUUAUGGUGUAGUCAUUGACUACAUCUGGAUUUGCUGCAACCUUGGAGAUUUUAAUUUCACCGUAUCACCAUCAUCAUUGUUUUGUU